AUGGCGAUUCCGAUCAAUUCCAUUAAACCCCAAUCGCAGUUACUCGCCUUCUCUUCUCGCGCAAUUACAAACAAACCCAUCUCUCUGAAACCCCCCUUCAAUCCCAACAGAGCCCUAAUUCUACCCAGCACCAAACCCUACAAAUGGCGUCCCGCGGAAGCCUGCUUCUCGAGCCAAGAAAUCGACAUGGUGAAGACCAGAGACGGGGUCUACGCCGCGAACUCGAAGAAAGUCGUCAUCUUGUGGGAUCUCGACAACAAGCCGCCGCGCGGGCCGCCGUACGAGGCGGCGCGAGCCCUAAAAUCGAUGGCUGAGAAAUUCGGCGACAUGAUCGACAUGGCGGCCUAUGCGAAUCACCGUGCCUUCAUCCAUCUCCCCCAGUGGGUCGUCCAAGACCGCCGCGAGCAGCGUCGCCACGAUGCCCUCGAGCGGAAGGGGAUGGCGACGGCGGCGGAGUCAUACAUUUGCUCCGUCUGCGGCAGGACGUGGAGACGGGUCUCGGCGGCGGUAAAUCACAUUCAACUUCUCAAACCAAGUCCAACAACGAAGCUGCAGUGA